AUGAGGCUGUGCCUGCGCAUGGCCGCGAGCCGUGGACACGGCCUGCUGGUGCUGGGCGCCCUGGGGUGCGGUGCGUUCCACAACCCGCCGGGCGAGGUCGCGCAGUGCUGGCGCGAGGUGCUCGACGAGGCCGAGUUUAGUGGGGGCUGGUGGACCGAGGUCUGGUUCGCCGUGUAUGACCGGAAGAACGAGGGCAACUUUGAGGUAUUUGACGAGGUGCUGGGCGGCCUUCAGGUUUAA